AUGCCCACGCUCGACCUCUCCCUCCCCGCUGGCUUCUACCGCCUGGGUGGCCUCAACGCCAAAGGGAUCGACGUCUAUCACAACGGCCGCGACCACUUCACAGCAGACAUUGGGAAGAACCACGAGUUCGACCUCGUCAACGAGAACGUCAACCCCUACCCCACAUCGGAGAAGCGGCAACGCGACCUCCCGCACCCCCGCACGCCUCUCGCGAGCCGCCGCCGUGUCUUGUCCGGCCGCCCCGUCCUCACCGUCGACACCGCACCCGACUCGACGCACACGGUCAUCCUCACUCCUCGAUGGCGCUCGCCCUCCCUCUCUCCCUCCCCGAGCAAGUCCUUUAUCCUCAAGGUGCACGAGAUCCCCUCUGGACCGACUACCCCUAAAGCUUUCCGCGCCGUCGAGGUUAUUGACGAGGUUAAUCUCUGGACCCAUGUCCACGACACACCGAUGACACCUGCCGAGCAGGGUGUGCUGUUCGACCGACCUAACACCCCCCCGCCCGCGCCCCGCCAUUAUGGUCCCCUCGGUGUCGCCUCCGCCACUCACCGCCGCCGUGGGUCCUUGACGCCCACACGCCCAGUCCGUGUGAGCCCUUACCCCAACCGCCGCGCGUCUCUUCCCGUCUCCAUGGACAUGGUCCGCGGAGGUAACGAGGAGACCGCGGUCUUGCACAGGGGUGGCCGUUCCAACACAGCUCCGCGCGGCCUGCGGCUGUAG